AGCACAACAUUGAGAUUCAUGCUGUAAGUCUGAGCAGAGUUACAUUCUUGUGAGUGACUGCUAACACUGUUUUCAGUACCUGACUGCGAAAAUUUCUGCUGCAGAUGCCAACAACAUCAUGCUCAACACCACCGACACUGAUGCCAUUACUGGCCUCCGUACGCCUACGAACUUCGGGCGCCCCAAUUGGGAUAUGGUGUUCCGUGCAGUUCGAAAGCUACAUUCGCCCGGCGAAGCUGGCGUGUUCUUCUGCGGUCCAAAAGGUCUUGGACAUCAACUGCACCUCAAGUGUAACAUGUAUAGCGAAGGUGACAAGGGCUUCAACUUUGUCUGGGGCAAGGAAAACUUCUAGAGCCCCUCACAGCUGCACUGUAUGGCUGGAAAUUUUCCCCAGAAGUGUUGGGACACACCAUAUGCAACCCUUGUUGCCCCUUCUAUGUACAAAAACAUGGCACGCCGUGUGUACUUCGGCCACGGAAGAGGAAUCUUUGGAAUUGUCGUUACUAUCGAUCUCAUAGAGAUAGCACUAUACCCACAUCAGCUCGACCUACGAGAUUCACGAAGCAAAGCGAAUGAGAACUUCUUUGAAAAUGGCGAAAG